AUGAAGACCGACGCAGUCGAACAAGACGCCAAAGUUGAAGCCGCAAAUGGCGCAGGCACAAACGGUGACCAAAGCGGAACCAAGCCUCAAGGUGCGUCCUUUGCCGAAACGGCCCUAACUCUCGCGGGCAAGAGCGCUGAUGAAGCCCGUCGUACGGGUGCCAUCGAUCAGGCGGACGACGACGUCGAUACGAUGUUCAAGUUCCGUACCUCGGCCAGCCCUGUGCACCGUGCGAUUUGGGACCGUGAAGUCCCGGUGGAACUCUUCGAUCGUCCGGCCACCAAACCCGAUGCUGACACGCAACGGGUUAUGGACGAUUCGAUGGAAGUCGUGAGACGUCACCGAGACGGCGGAACGCUCUACAACGAUGAAGGCAAGAUCACCAACGAAUGCCUAGGCGACCUGGGCGGGGCCGGCUACUGGGGUCUGCUCGUUGGCAAGGAAUACGGCGGAGCGGGUUGCCCCUUCUCGGCCUUUGCUCCUUAUCUGACUCGGAUGGCCAUGGUCGAAGGCACUGUCGCUGGUCUGGCCAGCGUUCACGGUUGUAUCGGGGCCGUCGAUCCGGUUCGCACCUUUGGUAAUGAACAACAAAAGCAAGAGUUCUUGCCGAAGCUAGCAAGCGGUGAAGCGCUUUCGGCUUUCGCCCUGACUGAGCCCAACGCCGGUUCCGACCUGACGAACCUUGCCACGCGUGCUGAACUGCAAGGCGACGAAUACGUGGUGAACGGUGAAAAGCUCUUCAUCACCAACGUGGUGCCCGGUCGUACCAUCGGCCUGGUGUGCCUCAUCGACGAUCGCCCGGCCGUGCUGGUUGUGGACCUUCCAAAGGAAGAAAACGAAAACUUCCAACUGAAGAAGUACGGCUUGUACGCCAUUAAGGGUGCUUACAACCGUGGAAUUAUCUUCAAAGACUUCCGCGUUCCGGCCAAGAACCUGCUCGAUCCGGGUCGUGGCGAUGGUCUAACGAUCGCCUACCACGGUUUGAACCUGGGUCGCGUGUCGCUGUGUGCCAACGCCGCCGGCAUGAUGCGGACGAUGAUGGCCAACAUGAUUCCGUGGGCUAAGUUCCGCGUAACGUACUCGAUGCCGAUCGCACAGCGUGAGUUGGUGCAACGUCGUCUUGGUGCUGCCGCCGGCUUGGUCGUGGCCAGCGACGCGUUGGUCCGCUGGUGCGGUGGUUUGCUCGAAGAUGGCUAUCGCGGCGAGAUGGAAUGCAUCAUUGCCAAGAUCUUUGGUAGCGAAGCCCAAAAGCACACCGCUAUCGAAUACUUCAUGAAGACGCAUGGUGGACGUUCCUUCCUGCAUGGUCACAUGUUUGGCGACUCGGUCCACGAGUUCCUUGCUCCUUGCAUCUACGAGGGCGAAGGGGAAAUGCUCGGCAUGGCGUUCUUCAAGUCGCUCGUCAAAGAGCACGGCGUGAAGUUCUUCGAGCCGAUCGGAAAAGCCCUGCAAGCGUUGGGUGUCAGCAAGCCGAACUUUGCCAACCCUGGCCACCUCAAGGCCCUGGCUGGCCCUGGCUCGUCGUAUGCGAAAUGGAAGGUUGGCUUCAUGCUGAGCAGUGCCCAGUACAAGCUGCCUUCGAUGCCGUCGAACCUGAAGGCUCACGCCGAGUUCGCCUGCAACUUCCUGCAACGUUCGCCGGCCGACAUCAGCGGCACCAUGGUCAAGCAUCAACUCUCGCUGGCCGAUCGUCAGUGCCGCAUGUCCGAGCUUUCCGGUCGCCUGCAAGAUGCGACGACGAUCCUCACGACGGCCCUCUAUGGUGCCUCGCAGCAAGACGAGUUGAUCCGCGAAGCGGCCGACAUCGCCUGCCAAGAUCUUACCCGCAAGCUGAACGGAAGCCGUCCGUCCGACGCGUACUAUCGCCAGGUCACCAAGCUUGGUGCGGCGAUUGCCGACGGUCAGUUCAAGUCGAUUGAAGACGUCAAGGGUGUGCAGUACGAAGUGAAUCCCUUCGACGAGUUGGCCAUCGAAGAGGCCCUCGUAAUCCGCGAUAAGGUCGGCGGCGAGGUCAUUGCCCUGGCCGUGGGGCCGGAUUCGGUUGCCGAGCAACUUCAAACCGCGUUGGCCAUGGGUGCCGAUCGGGCGUUGCGAGUCGACUGCGGUCAAAAGCUCGACCCGCUGCAAACCGCGAAGGCACUAGCCUCGGCGAUUGAAAAUGAAAAGCCCGACUUGGUGCUGGCUGGCAAGUUGGCCAUCGACGCUGAAUACGGCCAGGUCCCGCUGAUGCUGGCUGAAUUGCUCGAUUGGCCGCACGCUUCGUUCGCCUCCGAGAUCGUGUUCGACGACGCUCAAAAAACUGCCACGGUCACCUGUGAGGUCGAUGGUGGGCUCGAAGUGGUAGAAGUGGAUCUGCCCGCGCUGAUCACCACCGACCUGCGACUGAACGAGCCUCGCUACGCCUCGUUGCCGGGCAUCCUGAAAGCGAAGAAAAAGCCCUCGGAUGUGGUGCCCGCCCCGAAUCUGGAAACCGCCUCGAUCGGGUUCGCUUGCAAAGUGGCCGAGCAGCUUUCGUCCGCCUGCGACGUGUUAGUGCUAGGCGGCAAUGUAUCGGCCGCUGCUGAGAAGGCCGCUGCACUCGGCGUCCGCAAGGUGCUCAUUGCUGAGCAUCCCCAACUUGAAAACGGAACUGGUGAAUCGCGUGCCGCCGCGAUCAGCUCGGUUGCGUCGGCUGGCAACUACCGUCUCAUCUCGGCCUCUUCCACCACGUUCAGUCGCGAUUGUCUGCCCCGCGUGGCCGCCAAGCUUGGAGCAGCGAUGGCUUCCGACGUCCUUUCGAUUGCGAACGUCAACGCCGAGGCACUUGGCUUCACGAAGCCUUGCUUCUCGGGAAACCUCAUUCAACAUAUCGAACUCACUGGUCCUGUUGGCGUGGCCACCGUGCGUGCCUCUUCGUUCGACGCACCAGAGCCCGGCGACGCCCCGGCCCCCAUUGAAAAGGUCGAACUCCCAGAGCAGCUUGGCCAUGCUCGCAAGCGAUUCGUGAAGCUCGACAAGACGGAGCUUGAGCGUCCUGAAUUGACUGAGGCCGACAUUGUCGUCUCCGGCGGUCGUGGCACAAAAGGUCGGGAAGGAUUCGAGUUGUUGGAAGAGCUGGCCGAUCUGCUGGGGGCUGCCGUGGGCGCCAGUCGCGCGGUGGUCGAUGCCGGCUGGAUGCCUAACGACUUCCAAGUGGGGCAGACUGGCAAGGUGAUCGCCCCAAAACUCUACCUGUGCGCAGGGCUCAGUGGAGCGAUUCAGCAUCUGGCUGGAAUGCGUAACUCGAAGACCAUCGUGGCCAUCAACAAAGACGCGAAUGCCCCGAUCUUCGAAGUUGCCGAUUUCGGUCUCGUGGCCGAUUUGUUCGAGGCGGUGCCUCAGCUCACCGCUGCCAUUCGCACGGCUCGUCAGGCUGCCGAAGUGUUUCAGCUGCGCAACACCCAUUCCGCCGGGGUAUUCCUGCGACGCAGAAACGUGCAGAUCAAGUCCCUAAAAGUCUUUUGCGACAUCGUGCGCAGGCGGAGUUUUUCCCGUGCCGCCAGCGAAAAUGACAUUUCCCAGUCGGGUGCCAGCCAACUGGUUCACCAACUCGAAGACGAAGUCGGAGUAAAGCUGAUCGACCGGUCGAAACGACCGCUGGUGCUCACUCCCGAAGGUGAGGUGUAUUACGACGGCUGCCGCGAACUGAUCGAACGUUAUUUCGCCCUGGAAGAUCGCGUUCGUUCGCUGCAUCAAGAAGUGGCCGGCCGGUUGCGAGUUGGUUCGAUCUAUUCGGUCGGGCUUCACCACAUGGACCUCUAUCAGCAAGAGUUCCUCUCGCGAUACCCCAAGGCCAAGUUGCGAAUCGAGUACCUGCAUCCGCAACGGGUUCGUGAAUCGAUUGAACAGCACCGAGCCGACUUGGGUUUGAUCAGUUACCCCAAGUCCUCGCGAUCGAUCAAGAUGAUCAACUGGCGCCGCGAGCCGAUGGUGCUGGUUUGUGCCCCCAACCAUCCACUGGCAGACCAGACAGAAGCUGAUCUCUCGGACCUCGACGGGUUCGACAUGAUCGGCUUCGAUGCCGGGCUCACCAUCCGCCGCGAGACCGACCGCGUGCUGCACCUGCACAACGUCGACGUGCACGUGGUGAUGGAGUUCGACAAUAUCGAAACACUUAAGCGAGCCAUCGAGAUCAACGCCGGCAUUGGCUUGCUGCCCGAGCCGACGGUGGUUCGCGAAGUGAAAGACGGAACGCUAAGGGCUAUCCCGCUGACGACCGACGAACUGGUUCGGCCGCUGGGAAUCAUCUAUCGGCGAGGUUUGGAGCUAAGCCCUACGGCUGAGCGUUUUAUCGAACUGUUGCUCGAGCGCGACCAAUUGGACGAAGUCAGCGCGACGCUGGUAUCCAACGGUAAAUCGCAUGACCCCUUCAGCAACAAUUCGGAAUCAAAUGGAGACAAGAUGACAGCCAACGGCCACGCCCAAUCGCUGGCUACCGCCACGGCAAGCACGAAGGAGAACGGCUGA